AUGAAAUCUGAUGAAGCCGACAUUAUGAACGUAGAUCCAAUCCAGUUGGUAUAUUCCAUUGUUCAAGCUGCUGAAGAAGAUAGUGACAGUGACAGUAACAUCAAUACCAAUACCAAUAUAAAUGAUAAAGAUAAUGGUAAUGGUAAUGAAGAAGAGGAAGACCCUGUCUUGGAUCAGAAUCAAGUCAGAGUAGACUCGGAGCAGCCGCAAUCUCGAUUGGUCCGUGCGGAAACCAAAGAAUUCCUUCAAACCUUGCACAAGUAUUUGGAUUGCCGAAGACAAAUGGAUGCCAAGUAUUUAGAAGUUGAUGAAUUAGAAACCUUGGCCAAAUAUAAUCUCCGCAUUGAUUCCGGAGGCAUCGAAUUGGAUCAUCAUGAUGAUCAAGGAAAGAACCAAACUACUACUAGGUCACUUCGAAUGAGCAAUCCAAAUGUCAGAAAUCAUGGUCCUUCCCUUGGCUUCAAGCAGGAAUACCAACAACAAAGUAUCCAUGGACAAGCAGUACGAACAUUGAACGAAUUAUAUAAAGCGGCAGAAGUUGCCUUUCCUGUCUAUCAAAAUCUGAUUCAUUCCCUCAUUGAUAAGGUUCAUACUCACCACCAAAGUACGAAUGAUGAUGAUGAUAUCCAACUUACCUUUGCUCCUCUCAAGGGCAAGGAUCGAGCCCAAGAAAAAGCCCGAGAUGAUUAUUCCCAACGAACGCCUGAUCCAGGCGUUUCCUGGCUCUUUGACAUUGUCCGCGGCAGUCUGUUCUUUGCUUCGGCCGACCAAAUGAUCGCUACUCUACAAGUCCUACAGGAGGACCCAUCGAUUCAUAUCGUCAAGGCCAAGAAUCGGUUUCGAAAUCCUGGUCUUUCCGGUUAUCGAGACUGGAAUAUUCACAUUCGCAUCCAAGUGAAGAGUACAAAUGAUGACAAUGAUGACGAGGUCACGAGCAAUGACUUUCACCACAUUUGCGAGAUUCAAAUGCAUCAUCAAGCGCUAAAAGUAUUGGAGAAGCAAGUGCACAGUCACCAAUACUACGAGUACUUUCGUUCCUAUUUUGCUGGUGCGACGAGUUCCUUGCAAGAACGAUUGGAUGAUUUGAAACUGAUUGACGAAGGAUUUUCCUUGCAAGAUGGUUUCGAUGAUGAUGCCUUUUUGGAUGCUCUGUUGGAAGGGAAAUCAAAGGAGGAGGCAACAACGGAAGAAGAAGUAGUAAUAGAAGAGGGUGAUAACGACGAAGAAAGGCCAGAAUUGUCCAAAGAGGAAUCUCGGUUGGUUCGAUUGGGAAGACUCUUUCGUUUGCAUCUGAACGAAUUUGAUCUGGCGGUCCGCGUCUAUGGCAAGUUGCUCUCAAUUCAGCUCGACAAGUAUAAUGGAGACAAUCGCCAUGUGCAAAUUGGAUACACCUAUGAUCGUAUAGCAAGCGUCCUAAUCAAGCAAGGAAAAUUCGACGAAGCCAUGAUUCUUCACCACCAUGCGUAUGAAAUCAAAAAGGUGGCCUUGGGCGAACUCGACCCAUCCUUGGGAGAGAGCUCGGUGGAUCUGUUCACGCAAAUCAAGGGAGAAGAGUCCUACGAAGUUGCCUACAUUCUCGGCGGCAUGGGCGCGAUCUAUCGAAAACAGGAAAAAAUGGAAGAAGCCUUGGAACUCUACAAGAAGGCGGUCGAAAUCGACAUUCAGCAGAAUGGAGAAGAUUGCACUUCGGUCGCCUAUGUCUACAACGGCAUGGCGUGGAUAUACAAAUACCAAGGCAAUCUAGACGAAGCCAUGAGGCUCUUUCAGCGGUCUCAUGACAUUAGCAAACGAAUGUAUGGUGAUCAGCAUUCCUCCUUGUGCUUUACGUACAACGGAAUUGCCGAUGUGUUGAAGAAACAAAAUAAGCUGGAGGAAGCACUCAAAGUCUACGAAAAGUCCUUGAGCAUUACCGAACGUCGGAAUGGUAGCCACCAUCCCGCUGUAUUCUUUGUGUAUAGCAAGAUGAGCAAAAUAUUGAAAAAGUUGGGACGAGGAGACGAAGUUUCACACAUAAACCAAACCCUGCAAAAGCGAGAUUCCAAGAGGAACUUCAAGAAUUUGCAGAGGGAUAAAAGUAUAGGAGAAUGUAGAAGUAAUAAGGAAGAUUAA